AAAAGAAAAAUUUAUUCCGAAUAUUUAUAUUGCGAAAAGUGCUUCGUCCAAAAAUCUAUUUCAGUGCUCGAGAACGUCAGUUAAAACUGAAAACGUGGAAGUUUUGUGUCAAACAUUAACGUUUUCUAGAGUGUUUGUUCGACGUUAUAAUUUUGUGUGGAAUGAUUUUUUGAUAAAAUGGGGAUGAUUACGAGGGUCAGGGGCAGGUUGAGGAGUUUACACACUCUGCCGAAGAUCGAUCCCGAAGAGAGGAAUGAAAAAAUCGCGGAAACUGUAUGUCUCCUGUCUGUGGUUCUUUUAUUGCCGUAUUGUUCCAGAAACCACGCUCCCUUACUCUUAAGCCUCGGAGGUUGGUGUCUAGCUAGUUAUUCAUUUCUGGUAUUACCAGUGCUGAUUUCAGCCAAUUAUAAGUACCCAGUGAGAUGGUUGAGGCAACUUAGCAGUAAGAUAAUAGGUCUUUUUAUGAAAUAUUAUGGACCAGUAUGUUACGUACUCUACAGAAUAUAUGAACCUUUAGAUAGAUGCGAGAAGAUCUUCAUGAAGAUGUCAAAUAUUUCCAAUCUAACUACGCAGUUGGUCUUCUUCAUGAUGUGCGACAGAGUUCUUCUAUGCAGCUUUGGAGGCACCCAUUGUCCUCAGAAAAAAAUAACUGGAUUAUACUCCUUAAUGUUCUACAACGUCAUAGCAUACUGCACGAGCUACAUCAAAGAACUAAUAGAAAAAGAAGACUGGUCCGUCACGGUGAGGAUGACCCAACAUAGUAACAUGAAACAUGUCGCUAUGUCAGCGACGAAAAUCGUGUUGGAGUGGACGAAAGCGGUGACUUUCAUCAUUACUGUGACAUUCAUGUUGUUGGUUUUUGGUUUAGAACAAGGUUUAGAACAUUACCAGCCAACCGCUUUGUACACUUUCGUAACGUGGACUUACUACACGUGUACGGAAAAAGUUUUUGUAGAUCUCUUCUUACCGCUAUUGCUUUGGUUGAAGCUGAAAUCAAUGGAGGCUUUAGAACCCUUAUAUGCUCCGGUGCUGCUUCGUUACUACACUAUAAGUUUAGCGAUAAUUAUUGUUACGUUUCUGAGUUUCCACGGGCAAGUAAGAUUCACUAUUUUAGCAUUUUACAUAACGGUGUUUCUUAGAUCUAAAGAUUUGGUGAUGAACUCUUUGAAGCAGCUCAGAGUUGAGCAAGCUGUGUUAGGGCAGUUUAGAUACGCGACUGACGAUGAAAUUAAGAACUGUGAUGACGUUUGCGCCGUUUGCUUGAGUCCAAUGGAACGGGCGAGAGCAACGCCCUGUCAACAUUUUUUCCACGCUACCUGCUUAAGGCAGUGCUUAAAUAAUUCUCCCAAUUGCCCUAUUUGUAAAAGAGAAUACACUUUUGUACACUAACAGUAGCUUAGGUUUUUUUGUGUAAUUUAGUAUUUAGAUUCGUAAGCAACUCGGUAUAUAUUUUUACAUGUUCGUACUAUUUGUAUCAUAAUAAAAUGUAAAUAAAUUUU